AUGUGGCAAGUACAUAUUUUAAAUAAGUAUAAUAAGCUAAGGAUCGGUUAUGAGAAGUUAGCGAAUACGAAAGACGUAGAAGGUAUUCAUCGACGCGUGACGGCAUUGGGCAACUUCUGGUGCGACAAAAGUGAGCGCACGCCGUCCCGCGCGACACUAGCCCGUGCCAUGCCGCGCGCGUUGCUGCUGCUCCUGCCGCUGCUCGCGGCCCACAUUGUAGCACCCGCUGAAGUCUUUGUUAUCGCCGACACCGCCAACCAAACCUUAGCUAUCGCCGAAAAUGCUAAAGAAACUUUUGCCGAAGCUAACAAUAUCACUCUCAAUAAUGACACUUUAACUGAUUCUGAUGAUAAUCAUGAACCUGUCGUGAGAAAGAAACGUACUUUCGGUGAUGUUGUGUUUAGAGGUUUAGCUGACGUUCUCGGUUACAGUGUAGCUCGAAAACCGCCUCAAAUACAGUUUCCACCACCACUUUCUCCAGUGCCGGGUAUAGAUGGACCGCUACAAGUUUCACUAGUACCUGUGGUUUCUGCAGGCCCUGCCCCAGCACCGGCCCCUGCGGCUCCUGCACCAUGUGGGGCACCUCGAGCGGCACCUCAACCUUGUAGGGCUCAAGCACCACCGCCACCCGCCCCUCCGAAACCAGCCCCACCUCCGUGCCCCAGACCAAGAGCCAAUCCACGACCCAAGCCUCGCCCUACACCGCGACCACGACCAUCACCUCCACCUCCACCUCCACCUCCACCGCCACCUCCCUGUGCUCGUCCUCGCGCUAAUCCUACAACUCCGUCACCAUGUGCCCCACCACCACCACCACCUCCACCGCCACCUAAAGCAGAUUCUAAUCUUGAAACUAUUACUUCAAACUUCCGCUUGGACUUUAACUUUAACAGAGCCCCCGCAGCAUCUGCGCCUGCCGCUGAGGCCAUAGCUGAAGAAGAGCAGCCAGUCGAGCAAGAACAAGAGCAAAUCAUUCCUGUCGCUAUCCAGCCACGUGCAGCGAAAUUGCCUCAAGAACCUCCUAGGACACCUAGAGUUUAUCUAGAUGCGUUUGUGGUUAGAAACGGAGUGCCGCAAAAAGUUCAUGCUGUUGAUGCACGAAAUCUUAAUCAGCCCCAAGCUGAUCAAGAUUAUUUGGCAUACGAUGAAGAAGAGCAACCUCAACAAGAUGACGAUUAUGAAUAUGCAGACGAAUCACAAGGCCGUGCAAAAGCCGUUCGAGAAUUCGGUAACGCUGUUAAUCAAUUCUGGGAACAGAAACAAAAGAAACCCAAAAAGAAAAUACCGGUAAACGACUAUAGAAAUGUGCAUUUUGGUGACCGUGAGCUAGCUAACCAACUGCGUCGGCAAAGUGACGCACAAUUACAAACUUUGCAAAAUGAACAACCGAACGUAAAUCGUAUUCCUUUACCUUUAUCUGAAACAGAUGAAGAAGAUGAAAUUACAACAACAACUCAAGAUCCACGAAGAAGAUUGAAGCCUCGUGUUUUACCACCUACAGAAAAAAACCCGAAUGAGAUCGACACAAUUACAGUUCGAGUUCCACCAAUCUAUAAAGAAAAGCGACCAAAGAAAUUACACCGUGAGCAGCCAGAACGGCCAGACCGUGAUGAGAGUAGUGAAGAGGUAUCGGAUCCAGAAGAACAGGAAUAUCUAUCUGACUCAGAGACAGAAAAUACCUAUGAAGUUCCUCAAACAGAGAAACCUAAGCGCAAGCGCCGUAGGAAACAAAAAAGGAGAAUUCGGUCGGCGCAAAGUGAAGCUUAUACUGCAGGUGAUUACGAUUACUAUGGUAAUAAACUACCCAUAUCAGAAGAAGAGGAGUAUUUCCGUGGGUUAACGGUUCCUCCUCCGACAAAGGACGCUGAUGUCAUUCGAUUAGAGGAAAGUAAUGAAGAAAAUGAUCAUUUCUUGGAUGAUCACGAAAGACUUAGGGAUGAUUCGGAGAGAAUAAAAUACGAUAGUAGAAAUAAGGAUAAAGAACGUUCAAACGAAGAACAGGCAGACGAAUCGGAACGAUCAGAUGAAAAUGAACGCUCCGAAGAAGAUAAAGAACGCGCAGGUGAAAACGAGCGUGCUGACGAAACAGAGCGAACAGACAAAUUGAGCCCCAACGCACGUGUACGGGAAACUGGCUUCCAGAACAAUUACGUGCACGCCACUAAUGUCCAAGUUGAUGACCCACGCCCUAAUGUCUCGACCGUCAAAAAGAAAACGAAGAAAAUCGGCAAAGUC